CAAACGCAGGCCACUGCACUCGGUCUCGGUGCUGUGUUGUUUUAGGUAUUUCUUGUGGGAAAAAGCAAGCGAAAGACACAUUUAUCGAAACAACAUGGGCGGGUGGGCGCUGGAGAUUGGCAAAAUGGCUCUGUACAUGACGUUCCCGGUGGCAAUGUUCCACUGGUUCAAUCAGCCAGAGUACUUCGAGAAGUGGGUUACGGAUACGAAGCGACAGAUUUACCCACCGGAAAACCAGCAGCACCGAGAGCAGAUAGAAAAGUGCAUUCGCAUCGUACGCGAGCAGCACGAUAACGAGCUGAUGAAGGAGAUCGAAGCAAUGGAGAAAAAGGAGCACAAGCUGUCCUGAA